AUGGGCGAUCACCUCGGUUCGCGCUUCACCGUCAUUGAGCAGAUCGGCAGCGGCAACUAUGGCUCUCUCUACCGUGUCAUCGAUGGUGAAGCGGCGACGCUAGCCGACCGAAUUAUCGCCACAAAGAAGUUGCAGGACACAAUAAACCACCCACACGUGCUGCGUGAGGUGAGCGUGCAGCGUCAUGCUCAGAAGUGCUCGCCGCACAUUGUCAAGCUACUCCACGUCGUGCCACGCGAUCGUGUUCGGGCAGCGCUGGUGCUGGAGUACGUGCCGCUUGACCUGCGCACCUUUCUGAACGCCUUCUACUGCGACCAAGCGAAAUCAUCCGCACCGACGUGGUGUGCAACUUCUGGGACCGGUGAGCUCAAAUCGGCUGCGGCGCCACCGUGCCAUAUACCUUUGAUUUAUGUGCGGCGAAUGCUGCGUGGUCUCGUUGAGGCGCUUCACUGCCUGCACGCCCGCGGAAUCGCUCAUCGUGAUGUGAAACCAGAGAAUAUUCUCGUGGAGCCGCUCGGAUUGGGGCACCCGCUUCGGUGUGUUUGCCCGCCUAUGGGCUCUUUCGGGCUCACGGGUAAGGCUGCAGGAUGUUGGGUGCACGCUCCUCACUGCCCCCACCCACGACAAGAGGAGAAGGGCGUGACUCGGCCGAUGCACCCACGAGGAACACUGGAGCCGUGCCAAUUCUUCUGCAGAAACUCCGUCGCGCUGCACCAUGAUCUCACCAGUGACGAACUUGCAUCCGCUAUUCAUCGGCUGCACUGCGAGACGUGUCGGCCCUGCCCACGCGCGCGGGCUGGACUGGGGAAGCACGCGCUUCAGCAACAUCGAGAAAGCAGCGAGAUGGAAACAGGCACCUCCUGCUCACAGGAGCGGCAGGCAGACGGCGUGGACGAGGAGGGUCCAGCGAACGUGGACGACAACGAAGAGGACAAGCUCACCGCGCCUACGUCACCACCGCUCAUGCCAGAUGUUAAGCUGUGCGACUUUGGCUCAGCACGGCACAUUGGGACGCUGCGCUUGCGCAGUGCAGAGGAGCAAAGGGAGGAGCUCACCCCGGGGCCUACAACUCCGGUGUACUGCGCUCCCGAAAUGAUGCUGCUGCAGCGUUAUGGCACAUCAGUGGACAUGUGGGCUGUGGGCGCCAUCCUCUUUGAGAUGCUCACAGGCGAAUUCUUCCUUGGUGUUGGCACGCUGCGCUCCUUCUCCGGCGAUGUCGUCAUUCAGGACGACUACUGUGUGAUGCACCGGCUGAAUCGCAUGUUCCGCCAGCUUGGCACGCCGUCCGUUGAGGAGUGGCGGUGCAUUGCGCACCCCCUCUACUACCCUGACGAGAUGCUGGCCCACCUGCCGCAGGUGCGCGAUGCAGCACUCUUCCGCUGCGUUGCCCAGCCCAUCGCCACUGACGGGUGCCUUCUGCAGGACAGCGGGGACAUCAAGCCGAACGGUGACGCUCAAACGGCUGAUGAGCAGACAGACCUCAACGUGCGACCAUCUGCGGGGACGUGCCUAUCUGCCCAAGCGCCGGGGAAUGGGACAACGGAUUCGCAUGCCGCAAGAGCAUCGGCGCCGCCCCGUGAUACGGCCGCCACGAGGCAUCCGUUGAAUUUGUCUGACUUCCUGUAUCAGCAUAUUGGUAAAAGCGGCGUGGACUUCCUGCGCUCGUUGCUACGGUACGACCCGGCGAAGCGCAUGACGUCGGCGGAGGCGCUGCGCCACCCCUUCUUGAGUCCUGAGGUAGCGAAUAUGUAA